UUUUUGGCUUCUUUUUAAAUAGUGAAAGUAGGAAAAGGUGGGAAAGAAAAAGUUGUACUAAAUGCUAAUGUAAUUGAUGUUCUCUAAAUCUACUGCACUUUGAAGUUAUUUGUUCAAUAUAAAUUAUUCAUGGCAAUAUUUUGAAGUCAUCUUUACAUAAAUUAAUUUUUACACAUUUGGCUCUUAAAUGGUGAUUUAUCCCCAAAUAAAGUAGUGUGCAAAAGUCCUAAAUCACCCCUCUGCUCUUUAUAUUUUGCUUAUAAUGAGCCAGGCUUUCUUGUACUUUUUACCCCUCCCAGCUGUAAGUAGCCUAUCUGUUAAACACAGUGGAGGCUCUAUCAUGGUUUCGGGCAGGAUUUCAGCCACUGAUGUUGGGGAUCUUGUCCCCAAAAAAAGUAUAUUCAUAUUUGAUCCACCAUCUGAAAAGAGUCUGAUCACAGCUUCAAACUGUAAAAACUCUGUUUUUGCCUUAUGGGCCAUUUGUGUUAACUGAUGUUGGUGUACAUAUUUCCCACUUUUUUAUAUUUCCUAGAAAAAUAUAAGGAACCGGGGGGUGACAAAAAAAACUUUUAAGUAUUUCUUUGUUAUUUACCCAGAACCCUGCAGAUAAUAAAUCCAGAAGAUCUGCCCAUUCUGUGGUGAUGGUACGGAAAGCCAAGCGGGACACAGACCGCACUUCAGAAAGUGAAUGUGACAGCGGGAAGGAAAACAGGAGGCAGACGAGAAUUCCCAAAUACCAUGACAGCGUAACAUCGUCGACAACCACCAAAGAGACCAAGAGAUCAGAGAGCGAUCAGGAGAAUCAUAAACGGAGGGCUUCAAAGUCUGCCGUUGGAUCCAGGACGAAGGCUGGUAGCACAGGGAGUGCAGAGGCAGUGAGGCCAACAAGGAAAGGACCUUUGAGAGCAGCUAAGGCCUCAGGCGAUAUGAAAACCAGAUCCACUGAAGAGGAGGAAACCUACAGGACGAUUGUGGAGGAGCGUGACCAGGAACGGGAAAGACGCUGGAAGGCAGAACAAGCUGUGAGAAAGCUAACAGAGGAGCUCAAGUGCCUGCAGACCAAGGUCAGCGAGGAAAAGGACCUUCAGAGCAUGGCCCUGCACACUACAGACAGACUGAAAGAAUUGCUGCUGAAAGAGCGAUCAGGGCACUCUGAGCUGCAGGCUCGUCUUGAGGAGCUGGAGGGGAGGUGUCAAUCCCUAACCCAGCAGCUGGAGCAGGCCCGCAGCUGUGAGGAGCAGCACAAAACUGCACUGCAUAGACUGGAGGAAAGCGUUUCCCACGGAGAAGCGCUUAGGGCUCACCAGCAGGCUGAAGAGAUAAAAAGGCAACAGGAGCUGCAGAACAAGGCAGCAGCUCUGAAGAGAGAGUUGGACAUCCAGAGAGCGUCAGUACGACAGCACAAAGACAAACUGCAGCAGCUGCAUGAACUGCUGGCAGCCAGGGAACAAGAGCACAGAAAACAACUAGAGUUGCGGUUACAACCCGGUGGGGCAGAUUUUCGUGAUGCUGUGGCGAAGGAAGUGGCAUCAGUGGAAGAAAGGCACAGCCACAGGGAGGCGGAGCUGCAGGAGAAGCUGGCAGAGGGCAGGAAACAGUACACUGCUCUGGAGGACGAGUUCCGCAUGGCGCUAACCAUCGAGGCUGCUCGCUUCUCUGAGGUAAAGGAGGCGUGUGAUCAGAUGACUGCAGAGCUGAUGGAGCUCAAGGCAACCCUGGCCAAGUCCCAAGAGAGGCAGAGGAAAUCAAGCUCUCUAGUGCAGGAGCUCACUGUUUUGGUCAAAGAACAGAAGAGCCACAUCUCUGACCUCAUCAAAGUCAAGAGAGAUGCUGUCACUCAUCUAAAGAGCCGUCUGCAUUCCUUGGACGCAGAGGUAGGACAGGGCCGGCGUCUUGGCCUGCAGCUAGAGUUGCUUAAGAAAGAUAAGGCUAGACUGUUGUCUCAGCUCAUGGCUCAGGAGUCGGUGAUAGACGGCCUCAAGGUAGAGAGGAGGAUUUGGGGCCAGGAGCUCGCUCAGCAAGGAGCGUCUUUGGCUCAGGACCGUGGUCGUUUAGAGGCCAGGAUAGAGGUGCUGAGUGCUGAGUUGGAGGCUCAAAGGAAACAGAACGAGAAGGACAAUGAUACUCUUAGAAUCAAAGCCAAAAUCAUGGACGACCAGAUGGAAACCAUUCGCAGACUCAAAGAAUCCUUGCAGGAGCGUGAUGAUCAGAUCCGAAGGCUGAAGGAGGAGGCAGCAAAGGCUCAGAAGAGGCUUCAAGAGCAGCUGGAGGAGGAAACAACCCAGCAGGCUGAACUGAAAGAGCGAGUGGAACAUCUGAGCCUGCGCAAGGAGGAACUGAAGCAGCAGCUGGAAGACAAGGAGGCAGAGCUCGAGCAGGUCAAAAGAGUUUACAGUGAAUCCACUAAGAAGUGGCAGGAGAAGGCAGACUUGCUCACUCGGCUGGAGAGCCAGGUGAAGCAUAUGAAGGAGAACUUUGAUUCCAGGGAGCGCUUGCUGCUGGAAGAAAGAGAAAAGGCAACGGAAGCACACAGAGCUGCACUAGAGAAAUUACACUGCCUGGACGAUGCUUUCCGUCGACAGCUGGAGUCCGUCCAGGCUGCCCAUCAAGCUGAGCUUCUGGGACUUGCUAAUGAAAAACACCAAAAGAUAGAAGAGGCUAGUCAGAAGGUAUUUGAAGUGGAGGAGGAGAUGCGGCAGCUCCUGGAGGAGACAGAAACUAACAAGAGAAUCAUGGAAGAGAAAAUGAAACGUCUCAGCAGUGUACUAAAAGACUUUUAACGAAUAACGGGGUUUUUUGUAUUUUUGUUUUAGAGUAAGUUGUAUUUUAGUACUGUAUUAUUUCUUCAAUAAAUUCUUUUUUGAUCUUA